AUGACGAAUUUACCGACGGGGUACAACUUUGAAAGGCGCAGAUCGACCAUCUUUUUUCCAGAGCCCAUACCUCUGGUAUUUUCCGGAUCUAGGCGUAACUCGGAAAUUUAUGCGGCUCCACCGCAGACAACCGAGUCAACUUAUAGGGAGAACCUGGAGGCUGGUAGGAUGAUGUCCGACUUCCUAUGUAUUGGGGACUACAUCUGCCUCUAUUGCGAAGAGACCGAGGGAUACGUCUAUAACUGCCAGUCCAGCACAUCACACAAUGUCAUUCACAUCAACCAAUGGCAGGAGAGGGAAAAGCCAACUGGUAUCCCCAAUCCCCAAGCCGUCACAUUCCAACUAUGUAUACAGAACAGAUACAAACUCAACAAGAAAUACCGCAAGUGGCUCCCGUACAACCCAGAUGAAAUAGACAUUGAACAGAAAACUUCUAUUCAACAGGCAAAGCUAGCAGCUGAUGCAGAAAAUGAUGAUAAUGUUGCAGAACAAAAAAGACAACAAGGAAAGAAGGUCCGCUAUGGAGAGGUUGUUCAGUUGCGGCAUGUCUUCACUGGUAAAUAUAUCCACAUCAGUACAACACAGACCAGUAGGAGGGACAAGAAUAACAUGAUGAUAUUUUUGCAAGAUUUCAAUGCAAAACACGCACAAUUCCGGAUUCUUCCACGCUACAAGGUGAAGUCUGAGGGGGAGGUGGUCCAGAUAUAUGAUCAGAUCAUCCUAGAGAGCAUUAAAUCACCUGGACAGUUCUUCCACGCUAGUGAUGCUUUCAGAAUAGACAAUUUCUGCACUGGAGCCGAAUUGAAUCUAGGAGUCCUUCCAUCGGGUUACACAGUAAUCAAGAGCUACAGACCAACUGAGGGCCAGGAAACUGUUGUCAAGGCUGGUUCUGUACUGAGAUUGUUCCAUAAGGAGCUAGAAGCCUACCUGGUAGCAGAGGGACUCUUUGAUGAUGAAAUCACAGAAGAUGUUCACCUGCGCAUCAGAGAGGUUGACCAGCUAGUUCCAAAGACCCUGUACCCAUCAACCUCUGGUAUUACAUACUGGCAGAUAGAGGCAGAACAAAGCAUACUGAAUGGUGAGGUUGUAAAAUGGGAACAGCAAGUGAGAUUCCGUCAUAUGCCAACCAGGCAGUAUUUGUGUAUUACACCAGAUCUACGGGUCUCCCUUACACCAGACUCAAGGGACCCAAAUACAGUGUUCAGGCUGCACCCUAUCAUGAAGGAAUCGGAUGCUAUUCAUUUUGAGAACUACACCCGUAUAGAGCAUGUCCUUAGUGGACAUUGGCUGCAUGCAUUGAAAGACCAACAAUAUGAAAGACGUAGUUUACUUGAGGCAGAUGGAGAGAAUGAUAUGAAAGGUCUGAAGUGGGAUGGGGCAGACCUCAGACAGAUAUCUGCCAGUGGGGAGAAGAUGUAUGAUGAUGCCUACACCCUGCAAAUAGUUGAACCCCAACACUUGAGGAACUUCAACUUUGUGGCAGGCUCAGUUCCCUUCCUGUUAAACUUCAUACAAGAGAGAGAAGAUGGAAAGACAUUGAACGCCAGUAAGACGCACAGUAUCUGCACAGCUCUAAAGGAACUCAAAGACUUUAUGAUCGUAGGGGGAGAAGCAAAGAAAGAGAGACAGAAACUUAUGCGAAACCUAAGAAUCAUUGAUCUGUUGGUGAAGCUUCUGAAGACAGACCUCCGUACAGCUCAUGAUCAAGGUCACCUGACCCGGGUAUUCAAAGAAGGCUAUGACGUACUGUACUCUUACAUGAUUGGUCGAAGCAGAAAGAACGCCCUCUAUUUUGCAAAGUACAUUGACUUUUUCCAAACACAGAUUAGUCAAAAGGGAGAACUAGGCCUAAAUGUUGCUCAGAUGAUUGUGGAGCUGAUCCGUGACAACAGGAAGAUCGUUGAUCGUAUCACUAGGCAACAAAUAGAUGAGUUCAUUACACUGCUUAGUGAAAACAAGAACUACCGCUACCUGGACCUUUUGAUGGUUCUAUGUGUGUGUGAUGGUGUUGCUAUACCUGACAAUCAAACAUAUAUCACAGACCAGCUUAUACGCAAGAAUAGGAAAGGCAUAUAUCUGACAGACAGGGGGCAGAAUAUCAAUGGACAACCAAACAUCAUAUAUGUAUCAUCUGAUGAUGGCAAAAACUGGACAGCUCUUCAUGAAUUUGUUGACAAAGAAUACUACACAUAUGAUGAGGAGAAAAGUUUGUUCUACCAACACCAGAUGGAUCUGUUUAUCAACUUGUGCUACGGCAGAUGUGCAUUUGCAAUUCAUGUGAUUACCCGUGAAACUGGUGACCUGACCUGGGACGAGGCAUUCCUCUGUUUGCGCUCAAAUCUGCUCCCUGAUUGGAUAAGAGCUAAAUACUGUGAGAUGAUAAUCGCAAUGUUCAUUGAUGUUGGGACGAACUAUUCAGUGCUAGAUCACACCAACUUGUCAUUUGUCUAUGAGGAUAUUAACAUAUUUGGGCAGAACAACGGGGAAAUGGAUUUUGCUAUCAAGGACCUGGUGACAUUGUUUCCAGUGCUGAGAGACUGGAUUGCAGACUUUCUCAAUGAGAACAAAGAAAUGACUGCAAGCAAGAUUGGAACAAACAUGCUGAUACAACAGGUCCUGCGACUAUUCCACUUUCUCCUGAAGUUUGGCUACUAUGCUCAAGAUGAGAUCCGCAUUGUUCUGAAGGCAGUGAUCAACCUUCUCUGUGGCAAGAAUGAUAAACCAUUCCCUCAGGAGACUGAGAAAGGAUUCUCCAAGGAGUCACAGAAGAUGGUCACCAUGUACAGAAAUAAAGAACGAUUUGAAAAAAGUCCCGAGACUAAAGCUGUCGUUGAUGCCAAAUACCAAGCCAUGGAGGUUCUGGACUUGCUGCUCAGUCUACAGUUCAAUACACGCUUGGAGAAGUUCAUUGGGAAGUUUAAACAUGCAGAGACGACAGCAGGUGAGAAGAAGAAGCGAAGGAGUGUUCUCUGUCCAUUACUCUAUGAUGUGUAUGAUGCUACAGAUACUGCAAGCAAGGCUUUAAAGAAACAAAAGAAGCAGCUAAAGGAACUGAGGGAAAUGUUUGAUGGUGCUGCAUUCUUUGAAACAGAACAUGUUACUGCAAUACUCAUGGACCUGUCAAACUACAAAUAUGACAAAAUGGUCACCAAAUCUCUUACACUGCUCAACAAAUAUUACUCAUCCAAGAUGCACCUAUUUGAGGUGGCUUCAACUGCACAGGUGCUAAACACUCCAGACUCUUGCAAUGUUCAUCGCGAGGCUCAGAAAAGUCUGCCAACAUUACGACGUAUGACCAAGUCUAAACUGACAGUCGAGCAGGUCAGGAUUGUAGGAGAGAUACUAGACAGACUCAUUGAGUUUUGCCAUUUGCCCAAAGACCCUGAGGAACGUCACCCUAUGAACCAGAAUGUAUUGAUCAACCAUGGUGUACUACAAGUCGUCUUUGAGAUACUCUCCCAGGAGAUGGACUCUAAACUAUUGGAACAGUACAGAGGUAUCCGAGACAUCAUGAAGAAAUGUUUGAUGCUACUCAAGGCCAUUGCUAAGGGCAACGAUGCAGUUCAGAUGCAGAUCUUUGAGAGGCUGGACACUCUGCUAGGACUACAAGGAAUAGAGUCAGCACUGGCUAUUGCUCUAAAAGAGGCAUUCAAGGGCAACCAGUCAACCUGUAUGAAAAUCAGUGCUAACCAAGUGGAGAGGAUGGUAUGCAAAGUGGCAGAGCAUAAAGAGAGAGCCCCUGAGUUCUUGGACCUGAUCUGUGGCAUAGUCAAGGUUGAAGGCCUCGACCUGACCCUGAAGAGAAACCAGGGCUAUACUAUGAAAUAUGUUAUGCAGUAUUAUACCAAGGUUGCCUAUGUGCUGGACCAACCAAGAGCAUUCAGGGAGAGGAUAUUAACAGGUCAGAUGCCAGACCAUGUGGAAUACUUGACUAACUUGAUAGACCUUUUCUCUAUAUGUGCUGAGGGAGAGAAUAGGUACAUAGAGUCAAUGUGUCAGACUGUCAUGUCUAUAGAGGAGAUUACAUGGACAUUGAACCACCCAGACAUAGACCGCAACCUAAAGAGGCCCUACUUGCGCUUUCUACUCUAUGUCUACAUGCGUACAGCUGGGACCAUAAUAGAGAGUGGGGCAGGGGACCUUCCACAUGACAACAACAUCUGGCAGUACAUAGCAACCCUUAUAUAUGAAUUCAAUGAGGUAACAGAGUAUAUUAGUGAAACCCCAGCUGAAGUUGUGACUGAGCAACUGAAGAAGCCACCAUUGAAGAGUGGAGUAGCUGAAGUGGACAACAGAGAACAGGAGAUGUGCCACACCAUGCACUACCUCAUAGAUGCAGUCAUACCAUUCUUACAGACAUUCUAUGGCAGCUUCUACAGCCCAGAUAAAGAGGUCUACCCCAAAGAGAUUGAACUAUCAGAGGCCCUGUCCAAGGCACUAGGGUCUGCCUGUGAUGCAAUGUCUCCUUUCUCAACCAACACAAACUACUUGAAGACCAUGGUAGUAGGCAUCAAUGCAUUUGCAACAGUAUGCAAAGUACAGAUCAGUAUUGUAGAACGAGUUGUUGAUAAUCUACGGUCAGCCACCAGGAUAAAAGCCAAGCAAACAUCAUCCAAUCAGGGAAACAUGGCCUAUUAUGCAGAAGAAUUGGAACUGAACGCCAAAUUCCGAACAUUCUCUGGGAACUGUAGUACCUUAUUUGGAGGUCACAACACAGUGGCAGCGCAACUCAAAAUUAAAUCAAAACGAGAGUACACUGAUCUUGGUGGGGAUGAAGAGCUCCCUCUAGGGGAAGAGUUCCAGAGUAUGCUCAGAUGCUUCAUCAAGCCACAUGAGAAGAAAGCUUCAAAAAAGUUUGAAAUGGCUGAAAAGCUCAUCAAUCAGUUAGCGAUUUCUGCUCAGAACAACAAGCUGCCAGAGAGUCAACGUAGAGACCAGGAAGAACUGGACAUUAAAUGUCUGCAGUUGUUGCGUGCUAUGAUACACAAUGAGGAGAGGAAGCUGCCUGAAGAUUGGGAAGAAAAUCCAUCACUUGCCUUCAAUAAACGUCAGUUGAUGUUCAUCCGCUCAGUGCAAUCACUACUUAAUGGCAGGGGUGCCCUGAUUCAAGUGCUACCCCAUCUUGCACGGAAGAAUGACCGCAUCGUCAGAGAAGUCCUCUGCUUUGUCUCAAUCAUGCUGUUCAAUGCUAAUGCUGAAGCACAGGGCAAUUUGCUGAAAUAUUUCUUUAGCACCCGUGAGGAAGUGUUCUUUGCAGCAAUAAGGAAUAGAAUGCAAUUAAGUGUAGUUGCUUUGAAAGAAAGGCGUUCUCUUGCUGCCCAAUCUGAGGCUAGAGCCAAGGAGCUGGCAUCACACACUAAGCCUCUUGGGAAGAGAAAGUCAUCAUGUAAGCCAAUCAGCAGGAAGAGUAGCCUUGCCAAGGAGAAGAAGCUGGUGAAAGCCAAGAUAAAGAACAGGGCUAAAGGGGUGAAAUCAGGGCUAGAGACACUAGCAGAGGGACAGGUCCUUAUGGUGAAUGGAUGCAAUAAUGCAAAUGAUAUUGAGAUGGAUCUCAUUAAUGUCACUGUAGAGAACAAUGUGAACACCAGCACUGAUGUGGCCAAGGUUGGUGAUAAGAAUGACAUCAAAGUGAAAAAGAAACCUCCAAAGCCUCCCAUACCAAAGGCUCCACUGAACACAGGCAGCAAGGAGGAGGAACAGGACGAUUCUGGCGAAGCCUCGACAUACAGAGAUGAUGGUUACAUAGAACUUGUCCUGAAGUUACUAGCCAGAAUGUGUGAUGGGCAACACAAAGGUCUCCAGGACUACCUACGGGAACAACCAGACAACAUGAAGUCAUUUGACAUAGUUGCUGAAUGUGCACAGUUCCUGAAUCUUGUAUAUUCUAAUAUCAACCAGCAUACAAUAGACCUAGCAGUACAGAUAUUUAACACACUGAAUGAAUUCACUGCUGGUAACCAAGCCAACCGCACUGUGAUACUAAACAACAAAGUGAUAGAUUACAUCAACUUUGUACUAAGAGCUGGCCAGUUCAAGGAUUGUCCUAUGGAGAAGGUGAUUGAACUAAGGCAGAUCAUUGCAAACCUCCUCAUAUCCCUCUUAGAGGAGAACUCUCCCGAGGCACUCAUAGUUGCUAAGGAAGUGAAGGACACGCUUGAUAAGGAAGCUGUGUACCGUACCAUGACAUACUGCUACCAGAUGCAUCAAGUUGAUGACAAAAAGAAAGCUAAAACUCAAACGCUGGAUCUGAAAUUGCAAGAGGAAAAAAGGGAACUGUCCAAGGAGAUGAAGGAAAGACUGUAUGAGAAUGGCUUCAGUUUCUUCCUAGUCCUUGCCAGACUCUAUGACAUCGAUCCAAACAUGGCAGGAGAUGAGGUUGUCACAUAUAUCAAUAUUCUCCCAGAACAGAAGCAAGCCUACGAGUUCUACAAGAAAAGUUCCAUGUCAAUUGAGAUUAUCAAAGAUGACAAUUUACAGCGGGUCAACUUCAGAGUUAAAGCCAAGAAUGUUCUGAGGGAGGAAGUGAAAGAGAAGUUGAAGUGGAAUGUUGACAGAACAUCACCUAGCAACAAGAUUAGAGAUAUGAUGCGCUGGUCAAAGGACAUCCUGAAGGACAUCUAUUAUCAGAGACGUAUCAUCUCUAACCCCUUGGCAACCUUCUUCACAAAGAAUUGGCUGCUAUGGAACUAUGGUGCCAUCCUGAUGAGUCUAGCUAUCAAUGCACUAAUGCUAGUCACAUGGAAUGCUAGGGCCUCUUUGGAGACUAUCACCAUCCCAGAGAACGAAUCUCAUCCCCUACCCCCAGAGCUGUAUGACCCUCUACCAGUUGUGGCCCUAAAGGAAUAUAAUAUAGUGAUCUAUGCAAUGGGAGGGGUGCACAAUCUCCUCUCCCUCCUAGUACUCAUCAGCUACUUCCUGUCUGACCAUCCUCAGCUCCCCAGCUGUGAUUCCAUUCGGAAGGCUUUUAAGAACUGUUGUAGAAGAAAGGUGGCAGAUGUAGAUGAGGAAGAGAAAACACAUGUCUCCAAACUUGACGUCCACUUCUUUAGCUUUAAAACCUUAUACUACUUAAUGUUCCUCGGCCUAAGUGUAGCUGGGACUGUAUUCCAAGGGUACUUCUUUGCCUUCCAUCUACUUAACAUUGUCACAACCAAUCAGCUCCUGAAGGGUGUCAUACAGGCAGUAACUCAGAACGGGAAGUCGUUGAUCUGGGUUGCUAUCUUGGGUUUCAUAGUCUUCUACCUGUACGCUCUCGUCAGUUUUGCUCUUUUGAGGUCAUCAUUUGAUCCUAAAAAUGAGCUGUACUGUCAGACGUUGUGGCAGUGUACAGUGACUGUCAUACGUUAUGGCUUGAUAGGGGAUAUAUUUGAGAACCUGAUCAGCCACCAGUCAGAAAACACUUUCCUAAAGUUUGGCUUCCUUGUGAUCUUCCAUCUCUCAUUCUUCAUCUUCAUCACCACCAUUGGUCUCAACAUCAUCUUUGGUAUCAUCGUAGACACCUUCUCUGAACUCAGAGAUCUCAAGUGGAAAGCUGAGUCUGACAUGAGAGACACUUGCUUCAUUUGCAGCAGGAACAGCUAUGACUUUGAGCACCAUGGGAAGGGCUUUGAGCAUCAUGUGAGGCAUGAGCACAAUCUAUGGGCUUAUAUAUUCUUCUUCAUUCACCUGAACGACACAAAGGGCAGUGACUACACUGCCUUGGAGUUACAUGUUAGCAAGAUGUUGCGACAAGAGAGGUAUGACUUCUUUCCAUUGAACAGAGCGCUAACACUCAGCAAUAUGGACGAGGACUCCACUGAGUCAAAACUGGACGAUGUUUACAAAUGCGUAGUGGCAAUCAUGGAUAAACAGAGAGAAGAUGAGUCAAAGAAACAACGGGAAGAAGAGCGGGUGAAGCAACUUCAGUGGAGAGAACAACACAGGAAUGCCUUACAACUACAGAUGCAGGACUCUAUAGAUACAACUGACUCUAAUUUUACAUACACUGCCCUCUCCAGUCAGGGUAUACGUAAUCACCGCAAUAACAAAAAACCUCUCAAAAAUAGAAAUAUAUCUCUAGAAAAGCAGGAUUCAUUAGACUCACAUGGGCCACUUAAUGUGCCCAUGAUCUCAAAAGAGAAACCCCCACAUAGCCCUAUAAUGGAGGUAGACUUUGGGAAAGAGAUGGCUGCAAGCUGUGCUUCUCCAUCAUAUACAUCAGACCCUGUGUCUAACAUGACUGCCCCUCAUCCUCAUAUCGCAGCCUCAGAGACCCAGCAGGAAUUUUUCAGAAGUCUUGAAGAGGAGGAGGGCUUGCAACACAAGGACUCUUGUACACCUCCCUCUGAUGGCCAACAUUCUGAUUUACAGAGGGAGAGUCCCAUUACAGUGGAUCUUAUAAACUUUGGAGACGAGGAUAAGCAACCAGAUAUUCAUCAUGCGGAUACACUAUUAAGACGAGGCUCUAGAGAUAGUAUACUCUCUGACACCAAGUCCCAGGGCACUCUAUGUGGUGACACACCAGAAACGAAACACAGGGAAUAUACACCAGACUCCAAACCAGGACAAUAUACACCAGACUUAAAGGACAGAGAGUAUACCCAAAUGCGCAGCCCAAGUCCAAGUAUUAGUUCCCUUGAUCAUGACCCACCUCGUCCUGUGAGACGUCGUGGAACUGUGGAUCAGCCUCGUAGUAUCUCUCAUACCCCAGUGUCACAACGUAAAUCGUCAAGUAGAGGCAGUCCAGAGUCAGUGUCUUCUAAGCCUCAUUUCUCUCGCCAGAGCUCCAUGGCUGAUCACUAUUCCGACACACCCAAAAUGCAAUCAAAGGAGCCUAGUUUGGAUCCAUCUAUCCCGGAAUCAGAGACCCCUAGGGAUUCCCGUCAGAGUUCACUAGAUUCCAGGUAUCCCCCACCCCCACCAUUUGAUCCAUAUGACAUCCCCCCAGAUCUUCCUCCUCCCCCCUCCCCACACAGACCUAUUCCCCAGCAUCCAUUCUCUGACACCCCACCUCCCCCAUCACCCCCCAGGGGUCCCUCUAGUACCUCUUACCCCCAGGCUCCCAUAAGGCCACAGUGUAGUGACGCAGCCAUGCAGACAGAAAACAGAGAGGAUGUCAGUUGUCAGACUGAUGAUGAUUUGGAUACGGAGACUCAUUUCCCAGUCACCAUGUCACCUUCACGGCGUGUUGCCACACUCAAAGCUGAAGAAAGACCUGGGAGUGCAAGUUCUGUUUAAAUAUAUCUGGAUGCAAAUUCGUCAACACUUACACCUGUUGAAGUUCUACAUCACGUUCAUCACCCAACCCCCUCCCAUCUGUUUCCUAAAAGUAUGAAUUUGUUGGUGUUGAUGUGCAAGAUGCAAGAUUAACGAUUGUAUAAAAAUGGCCAUUUAUGUUUGACCCCACCUCUUGUAUUAUGUCUUCUAAUGUGGUGUGAUUAAAAAAUAUUUAUUAAGAAAAAGAAAUAAGGAUCUUGGAUUGGCGUGGCAAAAUGGUCAGUUUUCUCUUUGUGUGAUUUAAGGUGCAGCACCUGAAUCAUAGUUUCACUAGUAAAUGGUGUAUAAAUUAAUGAGACUGGUAAGGCCACUAGCAGUAGAAAUUGUAGUUAUUUGGAAUGGAAAUGAAUGACAACCUUGAUUAUUUUGCAGUGAAAAAUCAAUGGAUUCAGACAUUUUUGGACAACAUGAAGACAACAACACAACAGAAACAAAUUUUUGAUUUUCUGGGAUGAGUCCUCCUCACCCUCAGCAUUGCUCUUCCUUGCAGCUGACAAACUGUUCAAACAUAACCAGGGAAUGGAUCAAAGUAUCAAUGUUUUAAGUAACUA